GGUCUGCGCCCCCUGCGCCUGCGCACUGCGGAGCUGUGUCCCGGCGUGGCUGCGCCAUGUCGCCGCGCAAUGGUCGCCGCACCGGUGCUCACCGGGCCCACUCGCUGGCCCGGCAGUUAAAAACCAAGCGACGCCGCCGGGACCUGGAUGAGAUCCACGUGGAUCUGCAACCCGAGAAGGCAGCUCGGCUGCUGCACCAGGAGCCCGACCCCGACCUGCCAGGCUGCGCCCAGUUCUACUGCCUGCACUGCGCGCGCUACUUUGUGGAUCUGAACAGCAUGAAGGAGCACUUCAGGUCCAAGGUGCACAAGAAGAGGCUGAAGCAGCUGCGGGAGGCUCCGUACACGCAGGAGGAGGCAGAGCGCGCGGCCGGAAUGGGCUCCUACAUCCCCCCCAAGAAGGUGGAGGUGCAGACACAGCCGCUUGAGGAGGUCACCCCGAUGGAGGCAUCCAGCUGAACCCGGCGGGCUGAGGGCACUGCUGGCCCCGGGAAGGUGUCUGUGUCCUCAGCUCCGUGAGCACAGCUCGGCCCAGCGCAGCCAGCACAGUGCUGCCCCUGGCAGCCCUCCUGGCCGGGGCACAGCCGAGGAGAAGGAGCUGGCGAGCCCCUGGCUGCCCUCCCUGCCUGCCCCCCCUGCUGGGGAAGGGACAAGCUGCCUGUGCCCUCAGCUCUGCUGUGGCUCUGCACUCCUCUCCUUGCUCAUAGAGGCUUUUAGGGCCUCUCUCCUUGUGUCCAGGCUUGACCCUGGUGAGUUGCCCAUUAAAAUGUGUCAACCAA